UGAGCCCAAGUAAGCCCAAAUUCAACUAUUUCGUCUCUAAUCUCUCCAAUGGAGUACACCGUAGACAGAGAAAUGGCGUCGUGUUCCUUGGUGCGUUUUGGCCGUUGGAUUUCCCGGUUCAAAUUCCCGUACACUCAGGCCAAGCCAUUUUCCUCUCCGUCACCUUUCUCCUCCUCCGCCGGACUCCGCGAUGCCGAUUCUGCCGCUCCUGGCGGUCCGCCACCUAUACGAGUCUCGCUCACCGAUUCAGCCGGUCGAGGUGUUUUCGCCACUCGAAAGAUCGGCGCCGGAGAACUCAUACACACAGCCAAACCACUCGUUGCACAUCCUUCACUAUCUUCUAUCCACCAUGUGUGCAAUUUCUGCCUGCAGAAGCUGCAGAGAUAUGCUAACGUCGACUCCGAUGCUCGUCGUGCAUCAUUCUGCAGUGAAGAGUGUGAGCAACAUUCCAAGGUUUUCCACGAUGUUGAAAUGGAAGCGGAUUGGUCAGACUACGACAAUUAUUGCAGGGAGCGAGGGUUCAAAUAUCCUCUUUUGGUGAAGCGAUUGGCUUGUAUGGUUAUAUCUGGAGCUAUGUCUUCUGACCACCUUGACAUACUUCAACCUUCUCGUUUGUCUACUGAUAUAGUUUUGGAGUUAGAAGAAGGAUACAGCUUGCUGAGAAAAGCCUUGAUCAACGCAAACAUCACAGAUGAACGGAUGCUUUUUUUAACUCAAGAAUGGUAUACUGGAGUUCUCGCACGAAUUCGUAUCAAUGCCUUCCGAAUUGAAUUGGCUGGAGGGUAUGAAGAUCUUCAUUCUCUUGCAGCAGCCUGUGUCGAAGCUGAAGCUGCUGUCGGGAAUGCUUACAUGUUGCCAUCUUUCUAUAAUCAUGACUGUGAUCCAAAUACACACAUUAUAUGGAUAAAUAAUGCAAAUGCAAAAUUGAAGGCCCUCCGUGAUGUUGAUCCUGAUGAAGAGCUCCGUAUUUGCUACAUUGAUGCAAGUAUGGACUACGACGCUCGUCAAACUCUUCUGCACCGAGGGUUUGGUUUUAUUUGCAAAUGUGCACGAUGUUCAUAUGGUGAUUAAGGGGAGUUUAAUUAUUGGUACAUCAAAAAAUUUUCAUAUAUAGAAUGCUCAUCUAAAACAAAAUUGUUGACUUUGCUUCACUUCUUAACUAGGUAUUAAUCCCAUAUGGUUGUAGAUGUGGCCCUAAAUCAACCUUAUUUGUGAUUCUAUUAUGGCUUGGCUUCUCCUGAUGGCCUAUGGGAAAGAAGAAUAGGACCAAAGGCUCCAAUAUCUGAAAUUUGUGAACAUUUUUGGGAUAUGAAUAGAGAACAGAGGGAGAAAUGUUAUCCUUUCCAAUAAUUCUCAUUAGGUGUGUUGUUCUAUGACUGCUAAUUUAUGUUAGUUUUCUAUGACAUACAAUAAUGGGAAGUUCAAAAUUCAACCGUGCAGGUUUCGAAGUGUUUUCAAAUUAGUGCCAUUAGCAAGAAUACUAUUAUUU